UUGUGUUUUAUAGUAGCAGCUCUCUUGAGUGGGUGUCAGAUUUCAUAUCGUCACUGUUGCAUGGCAACCUUUAAAAACUCAAGCUUCACCAACAGCACUGAAGCCUCUUCAUUCACUAUUCAAUGGAAAAGCAAAUGUACCAUUAUGCAGAAAUAUGUUUGCCUCGAAAAAAGAAGGUUUGGGAGUCAUUCCAGUGAGUAUUUGUUCAAAUGUGCCCUGCAUUCCUCAAUAAUCUCAUUACAGACCUACAGUUUCGCAUAUUUAUCUGUCUCUAUCUUCUGUAUCUGCAGUUCAAACACCUUCAGGAUCUUUGAUGAGACGUUGCCAGAGCGUCUCGAUCCGGUCUGGGUCUAUCAGAACCAUAAAAAUCCUGCAAGAGACCCGCGAGAGUCUGAGCCCCGCAAUGUCCCACAUCCUCACAACGCCAGAUUCAUCAGGACUAAUGUCAGAUUCCUUAAUGAGCCCAUCGCUCACAUGAAGACGAGACGUACUGACACAGAACAGUUCAACUACUGGUCAAACAGUCCUGAAGAAGAUGGACCCGUGAAAGCACCGUACAGUAAAGCCAGCACUCAGAGAAGUGAUUUCCAGCCGGUCAGAGAGCGAGACAGCAGCAGACCCGCAGCCUCUGGAAUCAUUCCUGCUUUAAGUUCCCUUAAACAAUCAGAAAAACUCCAGGAUUUUCAGAGAUGAACGAUUGUUGAAGAUUACAUGAUCAGCCCUCCUAAAGAAGCGUCGCAGAGGGUUCGUGUGGAGAGACGGGAGGCGACGGGGCCCGGCACAUUCCAGAGCACAGAGGGGUCGCGUUUGCCCUCGGCAGGGACAGCAGACCUGUUGAACUGCUCUCAGCUGGCCUCGCUUUCAGCUCAACAGAUGUGGGAGAGAAAAGAGGCCCGUCCCAGCAGAGAGACCCCAGAGAUCAGCGUUCCCAGAGACGGAGGGGAAUCCCUGAACUCAUAAGAACAAUGUCCAGAUCAUAUUUCACCUCAAAAUCAAAAGAAGAUUAUUUUCAUGAAGCAUAGCCUACCCCAAAUUCUCAUUACAGUUAUGUAAAACUAAUUGAUAUAUAUUAUUUGUAAUAGUAGAUAUUAUUGAUAUUAUAUAUAGAACAUACGAACUGAGGGAUGACUUGUAUUGUUCAUGUUACUGCAUGAUCAGAAAGUUUCAUAGUUGCACUUUUCAGAGUUAUUUAGCGUUAUUACAUACUAAUAACUAUUAGUAUGUAAUCAUAUUUUGAAUGAGCUUUUAUUUAAUAUUUUCAGUCUCCAUGUAAAUUUUAGCAAAUUUUUGUUUUAGUAAUUUUGUUGCGAUGUUGUCAUUUUAUUAUUAGUUUUUUAAUAUUUCUAUUUAGAUUUGGUUUAUUUUAUUUCAG